UGGUACACGUCUUGUUCAAUAACAGACAACACUAGAAAGUCAACAGCAUCCUCUUACCUGGAACCAAUCUCGCAUGAUAACCCACCAAGUGAUCUUGCAGAAAUUACAGUGGCAGUGACUGGAAAUGCAACGAAUCAAUCUGCUCUACACGAUCAUAAUGCCCCUGGCGCUAACAAUCAGCCACCGGUUCCCACAAUUACCUCGGAGAUAGAUCCCUAUGACACUUUAGGGUACGAACAAUGUCACAAUUACUCAGUACUGAGGGAAAACGAGAGGUAUGAUGACUUAUUGAAUGGGAUCAGGACAGGAACUGUGAAGUACGAAAGACUGGCAGACCGCGUAUAUAGCCCCCCUUAUCAACAGGUUAACGCGGUUUCUAACGGUAAUGGAAAUCAAUCCAAUAAAACCAAGAGGGAAGUCUCCUUAGCUAUCAUGCUAUGCUGCUCCAUUACAAGCCUUGUGCUUAAUUGUCCUGUUGGUGUUUUCUCCGUUUGCUACGCUUAUAUGGCAAAAACAGAACGUUUUUAUCCCAUGAGAAGAUAUUACAAAUAUGUUAGCUUUUGGAACUUUUGUUACACUUCAUAAGAUGGUCCUUCAAGUGAUCUUUCCUUUUGAAACUGUGUUUACAGUUGCCACACAAAAAUGGUCUU